CCAAAAACUCAAGGUUCAACCCCAAGAGCUGAUUAGUUGAGUUGAAGUGGUGGACGAAGAAGCAGGUGGCUGUGAGUGUGAGGUGGAACUGACCGAUACACAAAAUGGGGGACUGGGGGUUCCUUUCUGGCCUUUUGGAAAAAUACAACAGCAAUUCCACCGUCAUUGGCAAAGUAUGGCUGACCUGCCUCUUCUUGUUCCGCAUCAUGGUUCUGGGAGCAGGGGCAGAGAAAGUGUGGGACGAUGAACACUCCAACAUGGUAUGCAACACGCAGCAACCCGGUUGCGAGAACGUGUGCUACGACUGGCAGUUCCCCAUCUCCCACAUCCGCUUCUGGGUGCUGCAGAUCAUCUGCGUCUCCACCCCGACCCUCAUGUACUUCGGCCACGCCAUGCACAUCAUCUCCAAGGAGAAGAAGCUGCGGGCCCGCCGGGAGAGGCACGAGGAAAACGUCAAGGAGCCCAAGUACACGGACGACGCGGGCAAGCUGCACAUCAAGGGCCAGCUGCUGAUCAGCUACGUCACCCAGAUCGUCUUCAAGAUCCUGCUGGAGGUGGCCUUCAUCGUAGGCCAGUACUACCUCUAUGGCUUCUUCAUGAUCCCCAUGUUCUCCUGCUCCCAAGAGCCCUGCCCCUUCACGGUGGCCUGCUACAUGUCUCGGCCCACGGAGAAGACCAUCUUCAUCAUCUUCAUGCUGGCGGUGGCCGUGAUCAGCCUGGUGCUCAACGUGGUGGAGCUCUUCUACCUGCUCUGCACCAAGUGCUGCGGAGCGGGCCGCCGCCGCCGCAAGGCCCAGCAGGGACACCGGCUCACCGCACCCCCCAGCUGGAGCCCUGGUCCUGACGCGCCCAUGGAGGUCCAGAACACCAUCAACACCUACAAUGAUAAGAGAAGCCUGGGGGGCAGCCUGGACGGAGCCAAGGAUGACAAGAGGUUGCUGGGGGGCCACUGAACUUGAACUGGAGCUUGAACCGUGUCGAAGUGUUUUGCUUUGUUCCUUGUGAGAGAUUAUAAUGUCUUUGUUUGAGGGAAACUCUGUCUGUUUUUGUUUUGUUUUAUUUUAGUAUGGUAUUACUGUAAUAAAAAUGUAGGUCUGAGACAAAUGUUGGUGUAUGUUGUGUUAAAACUAAUGUAUUUGCUGCCUCGGAAGCUUGUGAAUGAUUUUUAAGUUAUUUAAAUGCUAUACUAUAUUCCGAGGAACAUUUUGCACAGUAUUUGUAUAUAACUCACAAGAUCCACAUGUGAUUUUGAAAUAAAGUACUGUAUUUAUCAUCAAAUUUCCGUGCUAUACAAAUAUACAUAUUAAAGAAUGAUAAUUGGACAUUGGUAGGGUCUUGUGAAACUUUGAUACUGUUUUCAAUAAAAAGAAUAUGAAAAUACA